AUCACGCAAAGUACGUACUCUUUACACAGCGGAACACGUUUGUUUCGAUUUGUUUUCAUAGCGGUGGAAGAUUAGCAGAGCUGAGCUAAAACCAACAAAAGUCUUCCUAGUCCACACAGAUAAACUGGAUAGACAGAAAUUUAUGGAUUAACAACAUGGCUGAGCCCAUCAUUAAAUCGAAACAAGCACAAAAAGAAGUGAAUGGAAUCUCAACAGAAGUCGUAUGCACACAGUUCAGUAAUUACAUAUUUUUGGUCCUUACCCAGUAUGGCAAAAUCGGGACAUUGAUUUCGGUCACACCUGACUCCCGAUCUAAUGAUAUCAGCACCCCCACAUUCUCCACUAAAGUGCUGCUGGGCAAAGAUGAGCCUUUGACUCAUGUCUGUGCUAAAAACCUGGCCACGUUCGUAUCCCUUGAAGCUGGAAACAGGCCUGUCUUAGUGGGACUGGCCCUGAAGGAUUCCUCCAUAGACACAAUACAAGAAAUCAAAGAGAUCAUCAAAAGUUGCAAAGUGUGGUAGAAAGUCAGAGCCCUGAAAAUAAUGUUGGUAACUAAAAAGAUCUGGGGAAAUAACAGUAGCCGCUUCUACCAGUGUUAUAUUUUGUAAAAUGAUAUAAAAUAUAACUUUUUUGUAUUUCGAAAUUCAUUAGCUCGGUUUUGUAUUACUUGGAAUGUUCAGAAAUAAAAUCCUUAAAGACAAGUUCAAGAUACUAUUUUAAGUCUAAUGACUUUUUGUUGCUUCUUUUGCCUGUUAUAAAUGACUAGUUCCUUCCAUAUACAUUGGACUGUGCAAUGUUUGGUGACGUUUUUUAUUGCAGCACUCUUAUCACAGAAACAUGAAGUAAAGGUCAACAGUCAUU